GUUUGCACGGAGCGGCAACCUCGCAAGCGGCACGUGUGACGCCGAGACGCGCGGCAUUCAUUGCUCAUGCACGACGCAAAGCAAGAUGGCGUUCUGUGCCGUUGAUUUUGUUCGUAUUAUUGAACAGUAUCCUUGUUUAUACAAUUACACACUAGCGGAGUAUUCUAGAAAAGAUGUCACGGAUCAAGCCUGGAGCGAAGUUUCACAUUUAACGAACACAUCUGUACCUGAAUGUCAAGUUAAAUGGAGAAAUAUAAGGAAUGGUUUCGUUCGAAGUCUCAAAUCUAUACCUCAUGGUAAACAGAAAAAGUUAUAUCACUUACACGAUGAAAUGCAGUUCAUCGUUCCGUUUCUCAAGACGCUUGUUCCAGAGAAAACAAAUCCCAAAUCAGAUGACGAACCUGUGGAAAUUGAGGUAGAGCCACUACGUAUAGAAAAACCGUCGGCAACAAUUUCUAAUUUCAAAAGACGGAAAAUAAAAAAGUAUAAAUUAGAACGACCUGAUUUCUCCUGGAUUAAAAAUAUUAGAAAUGAAAAUCCUAGGAAAAUGUUUUUACUAAGUCUCUUACCUGAUGUGGAGAAGUUGACGGAGGAGCAAAUGCGCAAGUUUAGGAUUAAGAUGCUAUUGUUACUUGAGGAUAUACAGAUGGAGACAGAAGACACAGAAGGAUAACUUCAUAUAAAAAAAUAUUUUAAAUGGUUAUGUAUAAUGUAUAUAUGCUAUGGAAAUUAUAUAUUUAUUAGAGAUAACGUUUUUUUUUUGUUUGUUAGUUUAUCUAUUGUGAAGUAUCACAAUAUAUAAUAUAUAAUAAUAAGUCAAUCUCUUGUUGAGGCCCCGGGCCUUUACCCUGGUUGCCCUUCCCUAACUUUAGCCCUCCAAAUUGUGUUUUCGCUAUGAUGUAAGAAGACAUAAUAUAAGAACUUUAUUUCUUACAGUUCAAUUAGACUAAUAUAGUUUAUAUUAAUUAU